CCACUACCCUCUUUCUCUUGUGCAAUACUGUUUAUCAUUUUGGUGGUAUUGAUAUAUAGGAAAAAACCCAACUCAAAAACUCCAAAUCUUCCCCCAAAUCCAUGGAGACUACCACUAAUAGGGAACAUGCACCAGCUAGCCGGUUCAGUUCCCCACCGUUCACUCAGAAACUUAGCUCGAAAAUACGGUCCUAUAAUGCAUUUAAAGCUGGGAGAAGUUUCUGCUAUCGUUAUUUCAUCAUCUGAAUCAGCAAAAGAGAUCAUGAAGACCCAUGAUAUAGCCUUUGCAGACAGACCAAAGCUUCUUGCCGUGGAAAUCAUAACUUAUGAUUCCACCAAUAUUGCUUUUGCUCCUUACGGGGAUUACUGGAGACAACUACGCAAGAUUUGCACCUUGGAGCUUUUGAGCACAAGACGUGUUAAGUCUUACAGAUCCAUUCGAGAAGAAGGGGUGGAUGAUCUUGUCGAUUACAUCCGCAGUUCUGUUAAUGGCCUUGCAAUUAAUCUAACCGAGAAGAUUUUUUCCUUCAAUAAUGAUACAAUCUCUCAGACUGCUCUUGGGAUGAAAUGCAAAGAUCAAGCAGAGUUUUUUUCUACCAUUAAGGCAGUGAUAGAGCUAGUUGGAGGCUUUGAUAUACACGACGUCUUCCCUUCUCUAAAGUUCCUUCAUUUUGUUAGUAAGGCGAGGUCGACAUUAGAGAAAGCACAUCAUAUUAUUGAUAGGAUUUUCAAUGAUAUCAUUGUCCAACAUCAGUUGAAAAGGGAAAUGAACAAAGCACAGAAAGUUGAGCAUAUUCAUGAAGAUCUGGUAGAUGUUCUUUUAAGGAUUGGGGAGAGUGGAGAUCUACAGUUUCCCAUCACCAUCGACAACAUUAAAGCUGUAAUCCUGGACAUCUUAACGGCGGGAACAGAAACUUCAUCUACAACUUUGGAUUGGGCAAUGGCCGAAAUGAUGAGAAACCCAAGGAUAAUGAAGAAGGCGCAAAAUGAGGUGAGACAAUCUAUGAUAGGAAAAACAAAGAUCAACGAAGUUGAUCUUGAAAAACUAAGUUAUUUAAAAGUUGUUAUAAAAGAGACUCUAAGGAUGCAUCCGCCAGUACCACUCUUACUUCCUAGGGAAGCAAGGGAAAAUGUUAAGAUUUUUGGAUAUGACAUACCGGAGAAAACUAGAGUUAUUGUUAACUCGUGGGCGAUCAUGAGAGACCCAGAACACUGGAAGGAACCCGACGAAUUUAUACCAGAGAGGUUCGAGUCUAAUGACUCGUAUGUAGAUAUGAAGGGAACGGAUUUUAGAUACAUACCAUUUGGGGCAGGUAGAAGGAUGUGUCCUGGCUUGACAUUUGGAAUAGCUAGCAUUGAACUGCCACUUGCUGCAUUGCUUUAUCAUUUUGAUUGGAGUCUAGCUGAUGGGAUCAACCCUGAAGAACUUAACAUGGAAGAAACCUUUGGAGCAACUUCUAGGAGAAAAGAGAACCUCUCCUUGAUUGCAUACCAUUUUGAUCCUUGAUUCAUGCUAAAUAUUAUUUUACCAUGUUGUGUAUGAUGUAU